AUGGAUCAUGAGCAGAACCAAGGAGCUGUGCUGCUAGUACUGCUGCAAUUUCUGUGCCUGCUGCCCCACUCCUGGGCCACCCCUGAAGCUCCUACUACAGUGUGGAAAGACAACCUGCAGAACCACACGUUCCUGCACACAGUGUACUGCCAGGAUGGGUAUCCAAGCCUGGGACUCUCUGAAAGCUACGAUGAAGACCAGCUUUUCUCCUACGACUUUAGCCAGAACACCCGCUUGCCUCGCCUGGCUGAAUUCGCUGACUGGGCUAAGGAUGAGGGAGAUGCCUCUGCCAUUUCUUUUGACAAAGAAUUUUGCCAGGGGAUGAUCCAGCAAAUAGGCCCACGGCUUGUUGGGGAAAUUCCAGUGUCCAGAGGGUUUCCUGUUGUUGAAGUGUUCACGCUGAAGCCCCUGGAGUUCGGCAAGCCCAACACACUGGUCUGUUUUGUCAGUAAUCUCUUCCCACCCACAUUGUCCGUGAGCUGGCAGCAUCAUUCGGUCUCUCUGGAAGGAGUUGGACACACCUUUGUCUCAUCAAAUGAUGAACUGAGUUUCCAGGCCUUUUCUUAUUUAAACUUCACACCGGAACCCUUUGAUCUUUUCUCCUGCAUUGUGACUCAUGAGAUUGACCGCUACACUGCGAUUGCCUUUUGGGUGCCCCAGAAUGCUCUUCCUUCAGAUCUUCUAGAGAAUGUGCUGUGUGGUGUGGCCUUUGGCUUAGGUCUGCUGGGCAUCAUUGUGGGUACUAUUCUCAUCAUCUACUUCAGAAGGCCUUGUUCAAGGGGUAUGUUAAAGCACUGGAAAGGUGUGAGCGAGCCCUGGGAGCUAGACACAGUGCUGUAUAUGGAGGAAGACAGGUUAUUCCGUGGCAUGGGGGAAGACAUAAAGUGA